AUGGAUGGAGAGGAGAAAACCUAUGGUGGCUGUGAAGGCCCUGAUGCCAUGUAUGUGAAAUUAAUAUCUUCUGAUAGUCAUGAAUUUAUUGUAAAAAGACAACAUGCAUUAACAUCAGGAACAAUAAAGGCCAUGUUGAGUGGUCCAGGUCAGUUUGCGGAGAAUGAAACCAAUGAGGUCAACUAUAGAGAGAUCCCUUCACAUGUACUAUCAAAAGUGUUCAUGUAUUUUAUCUACAAGGUCCGCUAUACUAACAGCUCCACUGAAAUUCCUGAAUUCCCAAUUGCACCUGAAAUUGCACUGGAACUGCUGAUGGCCGCAAACUUCCUAGAUUGUUAA